AUGGGUUUCAAGUUCUUCGCGAACAACGGCGGUGACAAGACGUAUCAUUGUGCGAUUUGUGUCACCGGUCAGGCGUACCUAUUCAAGACGGUGUCAAACGUGUCGUACGGUGCGUUGACUCGUCGUGAAAUGAUGACUGGAAACCAUUUUGUUCGUGACGUUUUCUGUGGUGGUUGUAAGGAACAUAUCGGAUGGAUGUACGAGUUGGCACCCACUGAUCACGAAAAGUAUAAAGAAGGCUGCACAAUUCUCGAACGUUUGCACAUCAUCGAGUCCGGAAUGAUUUCUGACGACGAUCCACCACCUCGUGAAGAGGAACUUGAAGCUCCAGAAGACGACGAUGACGACGUUCUUCUUCGUGCGGAGACUCCGCCCCCAUUACGGGCUCCGCCCCCAAUUCGGGCGGCUCAUCCGCCUCCACUCAUUCCGAUGGCUCUAUUGGCUCAACAAGUUAUGGCGCGAAGAGAAGCUCCGCCCCCUGAAAAUGUGCUCCCGGUGGCGGCGGCGCCACCGGUGAUCCCAAAUAUGCAAAGGGUACGGAGAGCACGGAUUCGUAUGCCACCGGUUGCUGAUCCGAGAUACCGUCCACGUCCACGUGCCGAUCUGGAGGCGGACCCUCCGUAUUUCCACCGUGACCGCCGUAACCGUAUCCCAGUCGCCCGAAUCGGAGUCCGCGAACGUCUUCUUCGGAAUCUCGGGCGGUACGCGUUGGCCGUUUUUGAGCGGACGCUGGGACAAUUCAAUCAGGCCGUCGCUAUUUGUUGUCGAGAUGGUGAUAAUCGACCACUGUUGGAUAUGGGAUUCAGAAGGGAAAUGGCUAGAUAUCAUUUGCCUAUUGAUAUUGUGAAUGUGGCAACAUGGCGAAUACAUCCAUCGGGUCUCGCUGAUCAAGUUCUCAUUCUUUUUUUCGAAGAUAUGGACAAUGUGAGACUCCGUACCGAAUGGGAGCAACAACAGGCUGAAAAUCCAGAAGCGAUGCCAGAUCUCGACGAACUCAACGCUCUUCUUCAGGAACGUCGAAAUCUGCAAUUUCCAGAAAUCGCCGAUGCGGCACGGAGAGAACGAAUGAUCGCGAGACGGGCGGCUCGGCGAGCAAUUGAGGCUCCAAGAGCUGCAGAAGCUCCACGAGCGCCAGAAGGUGCCCCACGACCACCUGGUCGCCGUCCACCCGGUCGUCAAAACCUUGAGAUGCAGCGAUUCGCCGAGAAUCCGGAGCUAUUUCUCCCGAAUCCGGAGGAAUUGGCGAGACAAGAAGCCGUCAGAAUUCGUGUGAGACAGCGACUCGCCGAGAUGGAAGCGAAUGGAGAAAUUGCGAGAAUUAUGGCGAGAGCGAGGGGAGAUGAUGUUGAGGAAGAGCAAGAGCAACCGGCGGCUCUGGGAGCACGAAAUGCUCAUCUGGCGGAGUAG